AUGGCUUCCCUGUCCACUCUUUCCAACCUCCUCGGGGAGUUUAUCUCAUCUCUUCUCACCUGGAAAGCCUUAGCACUACUCCUGGCAUUGAUCAAUCUCAAGAAUCUUCCUCUGGUCUGGCAUGCCCGCCUCCUCCACCACCUCUACCGCAACCUCCGCCGCUCCCCGCGAGACCCGCACCAUCCGCCCAGCACGCACCCACUCCCGCACCCCACGCACCCGAUCUUCCUCCCACUGACCAUCACCUCGCGCACCCCGAUUCUCGAAACGGACUACAACUUCCACAAAUCCAACAGCACCUACUUCUCGGAUCUGGACAUCGCCCGCACCGCCCUCGCCACCCGCAUUUUCACCCCGGGCUCGCGCAUCGUGAACCGCGACCUCGACGCCGAACUCGCUUCUUCUGUCACUUCCCCCUCUACUUCUGGGGCCAAGGACUCACCCCAAAACGGCAGCAAACUGCGAUUAUACAUCGCCGUCGGCAGCGUCUUCUGCUCCUUCAAGCGCGAGAUCAAGCCCUUUGAGCGGUACGAGAUCACCUCCCGUUUGAUCGCGUGGGAUGAGAAGUGGGUGUAUAUUGUGAGUUAUUUCGUGAGGCCGGGGAAAGGUGGCAAUGGUAAGAAGGCCAAAGGGAAAAUGUUGGCCUCGGCGUUGGGCAAAUAUGUGGUUAAGAAGGGGAGGGUGACGGUUCCGCCGGAGAGGGUGUUGAGGGCGAGUGGGUUUCUGCCGGAACGGCCUGAUGGUGCCGAAUUUGAGUUAGUGGGAGAAAGCGUGACGCCUGGGGAGAGUGGGAGUGAGGAGGGUAUUACGGCUACGGCAACGGCUACGGCGUCGGGGGUGGAUACGGAGGUGGUGAAGGAGGUUAUAUUGAAUGGAGGGGACGGGGAUGGGGAUGGGGAUGCGGAGAAGGAGGAGCAGAGGAGGAGGAAUGUCCGGUUAUCGUGGAAUGAGGAGGAUUGGCCGUGGGAGAGGAUUGAGGAGGAGAGGUUGCGUGGGUUGAGGGUGGUAGAGGGGUAUGCUGGGUUGGAUGCGAAGCUGUUUGAGGAGUGGGGUGGGGAGUGA